AUGGAAGACUUGGGGUUCUACAUGGGCGUUUACGAAGAGGCCGAGCCGAUGGCCUGGGGCAUGGGCGCCGGCUGCACUCUCUUGCAGAACAAAUGCCUCAUCAACGGUGUUGAGCUCGUCUCAAGCGUCGACCCGAACACCCGGGACAUGUUCUGCACAACGCCGAACGUCUCCAGCCCGCAGUGUACCUCCUCUCGCCUUUCGAUGGGGUACUGUGACGUGGUGAACGCCUCCGUGCCCUACCCCUUUUAUGCGCAGUACUUUAUCUCCCGCUACAUCGGUGGCACGGACGCCUCCAUGGACUUCUGCCCCUUCAUUCAACACAAUACCGGUGACGAUCUGAGCUGCGACAAUAGCAGUGGUGUUGAGUGGAAACCGAAGAUGGGUGGCUCCGUCUUCUCUCCCGGCGCGCG